AUGGACGCCCCACCAAACCCACCAAACGGCGACGGAGAUCAGUCCAACAACAACAACACCCCGCCCAAGCCCCCCAAGAUUGCGUGGACUCAAGAGCUCGACCUGUACACGCUUCAGACAAUGGUGGCCAUGUCGCCGAAGCCAAACUGGGAGGAGCUCGCUACAGCUAUGGGCCCGGAGUACGAGGGCAAGCACAAAGCGAUCGAACAGCGGUACACCAAAGUCAUCUCGAAGUCGCGCAUCAUCAACGAUACGGUUCAGAAGUGGGCUGGGCCGGAUCAGGUUGCAGCGAUUACUAUCAAGACUGAAGGAGGUGAUAUCCCGACUAAGGCUGGUGGUGGCAAGAAGCGUGCUGCUGCGGGUUCCACCAACGCGACGCCGGCGAAGAAGAGUAAGGCUGGUGGAGCGGGGACGGCGGGGCGUGGUGGGAAGACGAAGGGGUGUGGUGCGAAGAAGAAUCGCAGUAUUGAGGGUAUCAAUGAGGAUGGUGGAGAAGCGAGAGACCUAGGUGAUGGAGUGGACAAGAUCAAUGGGAAGGGGCCGAAGGAGGAGAGCGAUGACGAAGGGCCGCCGAACUUCGAUUUCGGAAACGCUGCGGGGGAGGCAGUACCGGCUUGA